AAAUAGAAUGGCUCUUAAUGUUGACUGAAACGAUCCAGCAAUCAGUCGUAAGAGUUUAUUCGAGCCGCAAUGUCAACACAUCUCGUACGACCUAUGCUGCUCGUAACAAUUCUGUUCAGCAUCGUACCACAGAAACUGCUGGCAAGGAAUCUAGUCUGCACCGACAAACCGGAAGCCUUCUGGCAGCAUGAACCGGAAACGUGGUGCCUCAUCGAGGAUGUCGAUCUGGAGGAGUCUUCCGACGAUAUCAACUUCCCGGAACAGCCGAAGAUUCAUCUGAGAAAUUUCAAUGUGUCCUAUCUAUCACCGACACUGCUGUUCAAGAUGAAAAGCGUCGAACAUUUGACGGUGGAGUCGUGCUCGAUGACCAAACUGUUCAUGAAACCAACCCUGGCCAGCAUGGAGAUUAGGAAUAGCGACAUCUCGGAGGUGAUCAUCGAUAAAGACAGUAACUACGAACUGCUCAAUUUCAGCUUGGAAGGAAUCUACAGAAAGACGUUUCCAAAUAAUUUCAUUCGGUUAACCCAUCUGCAAGAACUUUCCAUUAGGCACAACGAUCUGGCAAAGUUUAACUUGCGACAGCUGAACGGACUGGUCAAUUUGAAGACAUUGGAUCUGAGUUACGAUUUAGUUGAACAUUUGAUCAUACCUGAAGCUCUGAAUCUUCCCAAUUUGAAAGAACUUUACUUAGCUGAGAACAAACUGCAAAAACUUCCCACCAAUUUGCGCCGAUUGAAGACCUUGGAAACGUUAAAUCUUCAUUCCAAUCAAAUUGCUUUCCUGGAAAUUAGUCACUUCAACGGUCUUAACCAUCUGAAGAAGUUGGUUCUGAGCGGUAAUCGUCUUCAGAUAAGCACCAUGGAACCGGUCCACCUGCCUCACUUGGAAAAACUGGAACUGAUCGGCUGCGGGUUGAAGGAACUGGAUAUGCUCUACUGGAAGCUGCCAGCGCUGCGAUAUUUUAACGUAUUUGAGAACAGUUUAGUAUCGAUAAUGAACUUCCCGGAAAGUUUCACCAAAGAGCUGGUGUUCGUUCCGGUUGGGAAUCGCUGGAGUUGCCAAACGCUGGAAGCCAUCAGUAGCAAAGUGUCUAUCAAGGUCAAGGAACGGGAUCAUUACUGCGAACACAAAGUCGCCGAUAUCUGCUGCAAUGGGGGAAACAUUGACUUCAAUCUGGUUGAUACGCUUGACCGGAAAGUGCAAUUGUUAAAGUUUCAAAAUUCGAUCCUGUACGAGAAGCUGGAGGAAACCAACGAAAAACUGGAGAAGGUCAUCGGGGUCGUUGAUCAGAGGGUUGUGAAAAAGUGAUGGAUAUGACGCACUACGAGCAUGGUUCGUUCGGUGAAAUCACAAUCGAUCGGAAACAAUGAAGCAAGUUUUACUUUUUAAAUCAAUUUAAAAUUAAAAUCACCUCGACGAAGCGAAAUUUCAGCUCUAUUUUUAAAAACUAGACCCGAGAGCGGGGUAACAGUUCGAUCAACCUCAUAGCCGGCGUGAUCUUCGACACAUUAUUGAAGUUUCUCCAGCACCACAUCCAAUCCAUCUAUAUCCAUCUACACCGGUGCCUUAUAUAUCAAAUCUGCGAACGACAUGAGAGUGAAGAAAAGCAGCUUCAGCUAAUAAUAAUCGCCACCCUCACAUUAUGACCGGGUAAAAAAUAAAGCUUCAGGCGGUCACGACCGACUCGGUUCAGUACCAGUAUCUAAGCAUCUCGUGGUUGGAGUGGCCAAUGGGUUGAACGAACGGAAAAUCCACUGAUCCGGCGGAGAAUUUUGUGUGGUUGUUUGUUUUAAUGUUAAAUAGCUCAUAACAUCUUCAGAAAAUUUCGUCAGUCAUGUUAAAUGUGGCAACUAUCCGAAGAGGCAGUUCCAAUCAAUUUAUAAUUUGCCAACAAUUUGAGUGGAGGUUAAUGCAAUAGAAAUAAAAUUAAAAAUAUACAAAAUACUAGUAAACUUUGGAAGUAUAUCAGCAGGAUCAACUGUGUUCAAAACUAUUUUUAAAAUCAUUUUCUUUUAGUAAAAUAUAAGAUUUUUUGUAAGUAACAGAAAAUACAGGAAAGGUGCCCUUCAAAA